AAUGCACCUUUCGCAUUUUCUCGCUCCAGAUGGAAGAACCAUAACAUAUCGAAAAGGCAGCGGGACAGGGGGGAAAGACUGAUGUGAAAGGAGAUUUCUAGAAGGACAAGAGGAUAAACGAACUCUUGUGAAAAACAACCAAUGGAAGAGGUGAAAAUAAGCUGUUCAAAAGUCCUUGCAAUGAUCCGUUUUGCAAACGUUUAUUCGUUGUGAAAAGGGACAUUCUGGAAACUAUGAAUCAAGGAUAACAGUACAGUCACAUUUAACAGCUGCAUGGAUGUCCAAAGCGCAAACAUGAAAGGAUGACAUGGAAAUCAGAACAGCCGACUGAAAGACCACUGCUUUCUCACGCUCAUAUAGAUGGAGAGACAGUGCUUGUGAACGAUGUAUACUGGAGGAGAGAUGAACAUUAGGUAGCGUCGGUAAAUGUCCAAGGAAACUGGAAGGAAAGUGGACAGUAAAGAAUAGCUGGUGGGGAGCUGUCAAAAGGAUGGAUUUUAGCGUACUACGGAAUCUCAUCAGUAGAUACUGUGCUGGGGAGGAGUACUGGGUGGACAGCCGGACAGUAUACAUCGGUCAUAAAGAACCCCCGCUGGGGGCUGAUGCCUACAUCCCUCAGCGUUAUCCCGACAACCGUAUUGUCUCUUCCAAGUACACUUUAUGGAACUUCAUCCCCAAGAACCUGUUUGAACAGUUCAGAAGAAUCGCCAACUUCUACUUCCUGCUCAUCUUCCUGGUCCAGCUCAUCAUAGACACGCCCACCAGCCCCGUCACCAGCGGACUGCCUCUAUUCUUUGUCAUCACCGUCACUGCCAUUAAACAGGGUUAUGAAGACUGGCUGAGACACAAGGCAGACUGCAGUAUAAAUGAGUGUCCUGUGGACGUGGUGAAGGAAGGGACGGUGGUGAGGACACAGAGUCACAAGCUACGGGUGGGGGAUGUUGUCAUGGCGAGGGAAGACGAGACGUUCCCCUGUGACCUCAUCCUGCUCUCAUCCAGCCGCGAUGACGGAACUUGCUACGUCACCACCACCAGCCUGGAUGGCGAGUCCAGCCACAAGACCUACUAUGCUGUACCAGACACCAUGGUCUUUAAGACAGAGCAGGAGGUGGACUCUCUACAUGCGACUAUUGAAUGUGAACAACCACAGCCUGACCUCUACAAAUUUGUGGGGCGCAUCAAUAUUUAUAAGGAAAGUGAAGAUCCCAUAGCCAGACCCCUGGGAGCUGAGAACCUUCUCCUCAGAGGAGCCACCCUGAAGAACACAGAGCACAUUUAUGCUGUAGCCAUCUACACGGGCAUGGACACCAAGAUGACGCUGAACUACCAGUCCAAAUCCCAGAAACGCUCCGCUGUAGAAAAGUCUAUGAAUGCAUUCCUCAUAGUGUAUCUGUGUAUCCUGAUCAGUAAAGCGGUCAUUAACACAGUUCUGAAGUACACGUGGCAGUGGUCUGCUGACCACGACCAGCCCUGGUACAACCACAGGACCGAGAUCGACAGAGAACGCCACGUGGUGAUCAGGGCGUUCACAGACUUCCUGGCCUUCAUGGUGUUGUUUAACUACAUCAUUCCAGUCUCCAUGUACGUUACUGUGGAGAUGCAGAAGUUCCUGGGGUCUUACUUCAUAGCCUGGGACAAGGAUAUGUACGAUGAUGAGCUGGGGGAGGGGGCUCAGGUCAAUACAUCAGACCUCAAUGAAGAGCUGGGACAGGUGGAGUAUGUGUUUACUGAUAAGACGGGCACGUUGACAGAGAACAACAUGGAGUUUAUAGAGUGCUGUGUGGACGGACUCGUGUAUAUCCCCCACGCCAUCUGUAAUGGACAGAUCCUCAGUGCUGCUUCCAGUAUAGACAUGAUCGACUCCUCACCUGGAGGAGACCACAGGGAGCAUGAGGAGCUGUUCUUUCGGGCUCUGUGUCUGUGCCACACGGUGCAGGUGAAGGAGGAGGAGACAGUGGACAGCAUCAAGAGAGGGAUCCACCAGGGAAAACCCACCUCCUUCUACAUAUCAUCUUCUCCUGAUGAGGUGGCAUUGGUGGAGGGCAUGAAGAGGUUGGGGUACACAUAUCUAAGACUCAAAGACCGUCAUAUGGAGAUUCUCAAUAAGGAGGAUGAGAUUGAGAGGUUUGAGCUGCUACACGUGCUGAACUUUGACUCUGUCAGGAGGAGAAUGAGCGUCAUUGUCAAGUCUAGUGCAGGGGAGUACCUGUUGUUCUGUAAGGGGGCUGACUCCUCCAUCUUCCCCAGAGUGGUGUCAGGGAAGGUGGGGCAGGUGCGGGCGCGGGUGGAGCAGAACGCUCUGGAGGGCUUGCGGACCCUGUGUGUGGCAUACAGAAGUCUCUCCCUAGCAGAGUACGAGGAGGCGUGUCAUCAGCUGAGCGACGCCAAGCUAGCCCUGCAGGACAGGGAGCAGCGACUGGCGCAGGCUUAUGACCUCAUCGAGAGGGACUUCACCCUGCUGGGGGCCACGGCUGUGGAGGACAGGCUCCAGGAGAAGGCAGCAGACACCAUUGAGUCUCUCCAUAAGGCUGGGAUGAAGGUGUGGGUCCUGACGGGGGACAAGAUGGAGACGGCGGCUGCUACAUGCUAUGCUAGCAAGCUGUUCCGCCGCUCCACCCAAAUAUUGGAGCUGACCAAGAAACGAACCGAGGAACAGAGUCUACAUGAUGUUCUGUUUGACUUGAGCAGAACCGUACUGAGACAGCGCUCCCUGUCGCGGCUGUCUGUAGACUGUCAGGACUACGGUCUGAUCAUCGAUGGGGCCACCCUGUCUGCUGUGCUCAAGCCCAGUCCAGAGAGCUCUGGCUCUGGGAACUACAGAGAGAUCUUCCUGGAGAUCUGUAGGAACUGCAGCGCCGUUCUCUGCUGCCGCAUGGCGCCCCUACAGAAAGCACAGAUUGUGAAGCUGAUCAAGGCGUCUAAGGAGCACCCCAUCACUCUGGCCAUCGGAGACGGAGCCAACGACGUCAGCAUGAUCCUCGAGGCACAUGUGGGCAUAGGCAUCAUGGGUAAGGAGGGUCGCCAGGCAGCGAGGAACAGCGACUAUGCCAUCCCAAAGUUCAAACACCUGAAGAAGAUGCUGCUAGUUCACGGCCACAUCUACUACAUCCGCAUCGCUGAGCUGGUGCAGUACUUCUUCUAUAAGAAUGUGUGCUUCAUCUUCCCUCAGUUCCUCUAUCAGUUCUUCUGUGGAUUCUCUCAGCAGCCCCUGUACGACACAGCCUACCUGACACUGUACAACAUCAGCUUCACCUCCCUGCCCAUCCUCCUCUACAGCCUCUUAGAGAAACACGUCAGCAUAGAGGCACUGAAGAGCGACCCCACUCUGUACAGGGACGUAGCUAAGAACUCUCUCCUGCGCUGGCCCGUGUUCCUGUACUGGACAUGCCUGGGCUUAUUCGACGCCUGUAUCUUCUUUUUUGGUGCCUACUUCCUGUUCGACAACACCACCUUCACUAGCAACGGACAGCUUAUGACCACCAACACACAGAUGAUGUUUGGGAACUGGACUUUCGGGACUCUCGUCUUUACUGUGCUGGUGUUCACGGUCACGCUCAAGCUUGCCUUGGACACACACCACUGGACCUGGAUCAACCACUUUGUCAUCUGGGGCUCCCUGCUUUUCUAUGUCAUCUUCUCUCUGCUCUGGGGAGGCAUCAUCUGGCCUUUCCUGAACUACCAGAGGAUGUACUAUGUGUUCAUGCAGAUGUUGUCCAGCGGUCCGGCUUGGCUCGGCAUCAUCCUGCUCAUUAUGGUCAGCCUGCUGCCUGAUGUGGUCAAGAAGGUCCUCUGCAGAACACUGUGGCCCACCGCCACCCAUCUUGCACAGUCCAAUCGCCCGUGCCUUACCGUGGAGCCGUCCACCAUCUUCGUGCUUUCUCAGUCCGAUAGCAGAUUGAGUUUCUGAUUGGCCGAGAGACGUCAGAGGAGGAGGACGUUGACAAACUGUUGCAGGGCAGUGUAGCAGAGUUGACCCCCAUGCUCCCAUGCCCUUCUGGCCCUUCCUCCAAAUGGAAGUGUACUGACUCCUCCCACCUCCACAUCAGGGUUCUGAUGCCCCUCCCACUCCGCAUGUCUGAGUCCUUCCCCCACAAACUACUAUUGGCCCACUGGACUGAUUGGGGCGGGACAGACCGCUGCACCCUCAGCCCCUACAUGCUCCGCCUCUCAGGGGCUGGCUUUGCCUACUACACACCCGGGCCAGAGACCUUUGUGUGACACACACUCACACACACACAGAGACCAAUGUGAUCUAAACUUACAGCUUACCAUGGAUGUGGAAGGAUUUGUAUUCCACUCAUAAACAAUGCAAACACACACACACAGACAUUUGCAAAAUAAUUCACACAUACUGAAAAACAUGAAACAUCUUCACACAAUUCACCAUGUGCAUAGUCAGCCAUUCAGAUACAUCCCUCCCCCAAUCUGCCUCCCACCGGUCCUGUCCAUCCCAUGUCAGUGUGGUCCUGAUCCCAGUCCAGUCCACACCUCUACUCUGUUCUGCUACUCUAUAAUCCAUGUUAAAAUACUUGAAUCCAACGUUGACACCAGUGGUGUUAAACACUGAACACACGGAGGUGUUCAGUGUGUGAAUGUGCGUCCCUUCUACACUAAGGAAUUGUGUAUGAAACGGACCAGACUUUUCUGUUUCUAUUUAAUUAACUGUCUCUGUCUUCUUCUUUUUCUCUAUCUCUCAAAUAUACUCAUUUUGUUGAAAUAACGGGAGUUGCUUCGCAAAAUGUUCUGGGGAGAAAGACAUCUGUUAUUCACUGCUUGUGUGUGUGUGUGUGUGUGUGUAUGUAUAUACAGCUGAAUUUUGAAGUUUACAUACACUUAGCUUGGAGUCAAUAAAACUAUUUUUCAACCACUCCACAAAUUUCUUGUUAACAAACUAUAGUUUUGGCAAGUUGGUUAGGACAUCUACUUUGUGCAUGAUACAAGUAAUUUUUCCAACAAUUGUUUACAGACAGAUUAUUUCACUUAUAAUUCACUGUAUCACAAUUCCAGUGGGUCAGAAGUUUUUAUACACUAAGUUGACUGUGCCUUUGAAUAGCUUGGACAAUUCCAGAAAAUGAUGUCAUGGCUUUAGAAACUUCUGAUAGGCUAAUUGACAUAAUUUGAGUCAAUUGGAGGUGUGACUGUGGAUGUAUUUCAAGGCCUACCUUCAAACUCACUGCCUCUUUGCUUGACAUCAUGGGAAAAUCAAAAGAAAUCAGCCAAGACCUCAAAAACAAUUGUAGACCUCCACAAGUCUGGUUCAUCCUUGGGAGCAAUUUCCAAAUGCCUGAAGGUACCACAUUCAUCUGUAAAAACAAUAGUACGCAAGUAUAAACACCAUGUAACCACGCAGCCAUCAUACCACUCAGGAAGGAGACGCGUUCUGUCUCCUAGAGAUGAACGUACUUUGGUGUGAAAAGUGCAAAUCAAUCCCAGAACAACAGCAAAGGACCUUGUGAAGAUGCUGGAGGAAACAGGUACAAAGUAUCUAUAUCCACAGUAAAACGAGUCCUAUAUAGACAUAACCUGAAGGGCCGCUCAGCUAGGAAGAAGCCACUGCUCCAAAACCGUCAUAAAAAAGCCAGAUUAUGGUUUGCAACUGCACAUGGGGACAAAGAUCGUACUAUUUUGAGAAAUGUUCUCUGGUCUGAUGAAACAAAAAUUUAACUGUUUGGCCAUAAUGACCAUCGUUAUGUUUGGAGGAAAAAGGGAGAUGCUUGCAAGCCGAAGAACACCAUCCCAACCAUGAAGCACGUGGGUGGCAGCAUCAUGUUGUGGGGGUGCUUUGCUGCAGGAGGGACUGGUGCACUUCACAAAUUAAGAUGGCAUCAUGAGGAAGGAAAAUUAUGUGGACAUAUUGAAGCAGCAUCUCAAGCCAUCUGUCAGGAAGUUAAAGCUUGGUCUCAAAUGUGUCUUCCAAAUGGACAAUGACCCCAAGCAUACUUCCAAAGUUGUGGCAAAAUAGCUUAAGGACAACAAAGUCCAGAUAUUUUAGUGGCCAUCACAAAGCCCUGACCUCAAUCCCAAAGAACAUUUCUGAGCAGAACUGAAAAAGUGUGUGCGAGCAAGGAGGCCUACAAACCUGAUUCAGUUACACCAGCUCUGUCAGGAGGAAUGGGCCAAAAUUCACCCAACUUAUUGUGGGAAGCUUGUGGAAGGCUACCCGAAACAUUUGACCCAAGUUCAACAAUUUAAAGGCAAUGCUACCAAAUAAUAAUUUAGUGAAUGUAAUCUUCUGACACACUGGGAAUGUGAUGAAAGAAAUAAAAGCUGAAAUAAAUCAUUUUCUCUACUAUUAUUCUGACAUUUCACAUUCUUAAAAUAAAGUAGUGAUCCUAACUGACCUAAAACAGGGAAUUUUUACUAGGAUUAAAUGUCAGGAAUUGUGAAAAACUUGAGUUUAAAUGUAUUUGGCUAAGGUGUAUGUAAACUUCCGUCUUCAACUUUAUAUACAAUGUGGCCAUACACCGUAACAGCACUCUGUUUGGGUCAGACCUAUGAGUCAGACCGAUAUCUAUGCCCUGUACACAGACUGAUAGGGCUCCUUCAUGUUGUCUAAAGAUUGUGUUUGUUCCGUUAUUUAAACGUUCUUGUCCGUACUCUAGAAUGGUCUAUCUUUAUCGCACCAGGUUAUGGCUUUUCAUAUCUGUUCCAUUAUGAACUGAGAUAUUUUAUGUGGUAUAUAUUAUGAAUGCAGGUUGUUUACCAUGUAUGGGUGUAACUUAAACUAAUGGAUAUAUGUAUUGGGGGGGGGGGCAGUGUUAGGGGUUUUGGAAAUACAUUUUAAAAAAUGAAUGCAAAGACUUGAAUCAAACAGCGCAGUCACAAUCAAAUCCAUCUUUCUAGAAUGUCAUAUGAAUGAUAUGAUUGGUUCGCCACAUGCUCUAUGUAAAUGAUUGUAGAUGAUGUUGAAUUCAUCUAUUUUCCACGUUUCUAACAUAUAAAAGUCUGAGGUGAAACAUCUGCCUUUGUCCAAGCUCAUCUGUGGUGAUAGUGAAAUCUGUGGUGUUAGUGACAUCUGUGGUGUUAGUGACAUCUGUGGUGAUAGUGACAUCUGUGGUGUUAGUGACAUCUGUGGUGUUAAUGACAUCUGUGGUGAUAGUGACAUCUGUGGUGAUAGUGACAUCUGUGGUGUUAGUGACAUCUGUGGUGUUAAUGACAUCUGUGGUGUUAGUGACAUCUGUGGUGAUAGUGACAUCUGUGGUGUUAAUGACAUCUGUGGUGUUAGUGACAUCUGUGGUGUUAGUGACAUCUGUGGUGUUAGUGACAUCUGUGGUGUUAGUGAGAGACUCUGAAAGUCAUUGGAUUCAUAGGCAUAUUUGUAUGUUCAUUGGUCUGCUUAGUGCUGACACAUACAACAACUAUCUCUAUACAGUAGACAUUGUGUCUCGUGUUGUCUUUGCAACAGGGCACCACUCUGUCCUUUUUGGGGGGUUUUAAAGUUCAGUGUUCAGGUUUUAUGUUUGUUUAUGACUAGACCCAUUUGGUUGAGCUUACUGACAUGGGUUCUAAAUGAUAAAUGAAUGAUAUAUAUCAGACGGCUGCUUGAGGAGGCUGCUUGAGGGGAGGAUGGCUCGUAAUAAUGGCUGGAAUUGAGAGAAUGGUACCAAAAAAAUGUGCUUGAUACUAUUCCAUUCACAUUAUUAUGAGCCAUCCUCCCAUCAGCAGCCUCCAUUGUAUUUUUUUUUUUUUUGCCUUUAUUUAACCAGGCAAGUCAGUUAAGAACAAAUUCUUAUUUUCAAUGACGGCCUAGGAACAGUGGGUUAACUGCCUGUUCAGGGGCAGAACGACAGAUUUGUACCUUGUCAGCUCAGGGGUUUGAACUUGCAACUUUCCAGUUACUAGUCCAACGCUCUAACCACUAGGCUACCCUGCCGCCCCAGGGUAGCCUAGUGGACCCACUAGACCCACUGUAAAGAGGACUUCAUUAUGAUUUGACACAGUAACACAAACAGUGAAAACUCUCCUCAUAAGCAGCAGUCUGAAUUUGUCCCAGCUACACUGUAUUUAAUGACAAAAACAUCAGACAAUGAAUGCAUGACUUCCAACGGACAUGACAUAGGCUGUGUUUUCACAGCCAGACAAAUUCUGAUCAUUUUUCCACAAAUUGGUCUUUUGACCAAUCACAUUAGAUCUUUUCACAUCAGAUUUGAUGUGAUUGGUCAAAAGACCAAAUUCGUGGGAAAAUGAUCAGAAUUGGGCUGGUGUUUUGAUGUUUUUGUCAUUACAAAAGGCUGGUCUCAAUACAGUGUAGCUGGGACAAAUUCAGACUGCUGCUUAUGGGGAGAGUUUUCACUGUUUGUGUUACAUGUCACAUUAUUAUGAUUCUGAUUCUGAUUAUUGUUAUCUUAUCAAUUUGAUUGAAAAUACACAUUAUUUUUGUUGAUUUUUCUUUUGCUCGUGUUUGAUCCAGGGGAGAAGACUUUAUUUCAACUCUUAUGUAUUUAUCAUUUUGCUUUUGGUUUUUGUAACAACCCAAAUGAAAAGGUAUUUCCACAGAAUAAACCCUCUGACGACGUUUA